GUGUAUAGUUCCGAACAGAGCGUAGAACACACUUAACGAUUUUGAAUUUCUAGCUUUGUUUUGAUUUUUGGUUAAAAAACGUAUUUUAACACUUAAGUUUGAGUUUUAAUUUAACCUAUUGUGUUAGAAGAAUAGAAUCCCAAAAAAAUCAUACUCUUACUAUGUAUAUAAAAUCUAUUGUCUUGGAUGGAUUCAAAUCUUACGGUCAGCGUACCGAAAUCAAUGGAUUUGAUGAACAAUUUAAUGCCAUUACCGGACUAAAUGGAAGUGGGAAAUCGAACAUACUUGAUUCUAUUUGUUUUGUAUUAGGAAUCUCAAAUCUAACACAUGUUCGAGCUGCUAGUCUUCAAGAUCUUAUUUACAAAAGCGGACAGGCUGGUGUUAAUAAAGCAACAGUAUCUAUAACUUUUGAUAAUUCUAAUCUAUCCCAGUGCCCUCCUGGUUUUGAGAAUUAUAAAGAAAUUACAAUUACUAGGCAAAUUGUAUUGGGAGGAAAGAAUAAAUACAUGAUGAAUGGAACAAAUGUUCCUAAUAAGAAAAUACAGGAUUUGUUUUGUUCCAUACAACUGAAUGUUAAUAACCCACAUUUCUUGAUCAUGCAGGGAAAAAUUACAAAAGUUUUGAAUAUGAAACCACCAGAGAUUCUAGCUAUGGUUGAGGAAGCUGCAGGUACAAGAAUGUACGAAAUAAAAAGGCAAAAUGCUCAAAAAUUGAUUGAAAAAAAAGAUGCAAAGCUACAAGAAUUGAGAGCUAUUUUCAAUGAAGAAAUAGCACCAAAAUUGAAAAAACUUCGACAAGACCGUGAACAAUUUCUUGAAUAUCAACAAGUUGACAGAGAACUAGAGAAAAUGUUAGCAUUGUACCAAUGCUGGCAGUUUUACCAAAGUAAACAUUAUGUUAAAAAUGCUUUGGAGAAUUUAGAAACUGCGCAAAAAGAAAUUGAGAGUUUUCAAAACCAAAUUAAGGAGAAUAUAGAAACAGCACAACAAUUAGAUGAGAACAUAAAAGAAAUAACAGCAAAUUCAGAAACUGAAAUAACAUCAAAACUCAAAGAGCUUGAAGUCAAACUUAAAGAAAAAGAGAAGAUAGAAGCCAAAUCUAAUGCUACAGUUAAAUCCAUAAGUGAUAAUAUUCAUACUGAAGAGAAGAAAGUAGAUCAACUAAAAAAGAAUUUAGAGGAAGAUGGCAGAAUACUUUCAAACAAACAACAAGAACUCUCUAAAGUUCAGUCACUUUUUGAGACCUUGAAAACUAAUGAUACAGAAGAUAACGCAGCUUUUAUUCUUUCCCAGAAGAAAUUUGAAGCAGUUAGUGCAGGUAUGGAAGUUAAUGAAGAUGGAGAAGCUCAAACAUUGCAAGACCAAUUCAUGAAAGCUAAAGAAGAUGCUAUGAAAGCUGUUACCGAAAGCAAACAAGCUAGUAUGCAACUGACUUCUUGUAAAAAUCAGUUGAACCAAAAACGGAAAGAGCUGGGAUCAAAUUCAACUGAUUAUGAUCGAGAUAAAGCUCUUCUAGAGAAAAAACAAAAAGAAGUAGAAGUUCUUCAGGCAAAUAUUAGUAAACUUAAUUAUUCCGAAGACAAAAUGGGUGAACUACAAUCUCAACGACGCAUUCUAACUCAAGAAAUUCGAAAUUUAAAAGAAAAAAUUGAUAAUUUUUACGUUAGAAAACCGUAUGCUAAAUUUUCUUAUUCAAAUCCUGAACCUAAUUUUAAUAGGAGAUCAGUUAAAGGAGUGGUUUGUAAUUUGAUUAAGUGUGGAGAUACUAACGCAUGUAUGGCUCUUGAAACUGCUGCAGGCGGAAAGCUCUUCAAUGUGGUUGUAGAUACAGAGGCAACAGGAAAAAAAUUAUUAAAAGGUGGAAACCUCCAACUGCGUACAACAUUUAUACCGUUAAAUAAAAUUAGAGCUAGUACACUCGAUAGUAACACUAUACAAUUUGCUCAAAAACUAGUUGGUGCUGAAAAUUGUAGACCGGCUCUAUCACUUAUAAAGUAUGACAGGGAACUUCAAGCAGCUAUGGAGUUUGUGUUCAGUAAUGUUUUUGUAUGUAAAGAUUUGAAUGUAGCCAAACAAGUAGCAUUUCACAACAAAAUUAAAAAAAAGUGUGUUACUUUGGAUGGUGACGUGAUUGAUCCUUCUGGUAUUCUUAGUGGAGGUGCCCCUGUAAAAGGUGGUAGUAUGUUAUUGCAACUAUGGGAUAUACAAAAACAGGAGCAAAUUUUAGCUGAUAAAGAAAAAGAAUUGGAUAAAAUAACUGCCGAAAUACAACAAUUGAGCAACAUCCAAGAAAAUUAUAAUGCAUUGAAACAAAAAUUAGCUAUCAGUGAACAAGAAUUGAAUUUCAUUAAUCAAAAACUAUUACAUACCACACACCAUAUACAACAAGAAGAGAUUGCUAAUCUUGAAAAUCAAAUCGAAACUCUCCAACAAAAAGUGGCAACUUGUAAGGAAAUAGAAUUAAAAGCCAGCCAAAAAGCAAAAGAAUUGGAAAUGAAAAUGAAAGAUACUAAAGGUUAUCGAGAAAAACAACUUAAAGAAGCAGAAAUGGAAAUGAAAAGAAUGAAGCAGAAAGCCGAAAAAAGUAGAAAAGAAUGGAAACAACGGGAACAGGAAUAUGAAACGUUGAACUUGGAAAUUUCAGAAUUGAAAACUGGAUUGGAAAAUACCAAAACACAGGUGGAAACAACAGAAAAAACAAUUGCAGAGUUAAAGGCUAAGUUAGAUGAAAUGUCAGGAGAUGCUACUGAAAUAAAAGAAGAAGUUAAGAAUUUGCAAAAUCAAGUAAAAAAAAUUAAAUCUACUAUUACUGAAAAUAACAAAGAUAUACAAAAGAAAACGCAGCAAAAAGAGAAACUUCUGACUUUGAAUGAUGAAUUGAAAUUAAAAAUUAAAGAACACAAUCACGAAUUGAAAAAAUUAGAAGAUAAUUGUAAAAAUGCCAAACUUAAGGAACAAGAAUAUGCUAAACGUAUCAAAGGCAACAAUCCGAAUAUACAAAGAGCUGAAGAACUAUCUGCAAAAGAAGGUAAUGAAUUGGAAGGCAGGAUUAAAAGUUAUCAAGAGAAGAAACAAAAACUUAGUAGGAUAGUAAACACAAAGGCUCAAAGUAUGUUCGAACAGGAAGAAAAACAGUAUAAUGAUUGUCGUAAAAAAGAAAGAAUAGUGGAGCAAGACAAGAAAAAAAUUUUGGAUACAUUGAAAGACAUGGACAAACAAAAAGAAAACUCAUUAAAAUUAGCAUACGAACAAGUAUCCAAAGAUUUCGGAUCAAUUUUUAGUACUUUAUUACCUGGAGCUAACGCAAGAUUGGUUGCGCCUAUGGGAAAAACGAUUUUAGAAGGAUUAGAGGUCAAAGUUUCUUUGGGUGGUGUUUGGAAAGAAAGUUUAACAGAACUCAGCGGAGGACAACGAUCUCUAGCGGCUUUAUCCCUAAUAUUAGCAAUGUUAUUGUUCAAACCAGCUCCACUUUAUAUUUUAGAUGAAGUUGACGCCGCUUUGGAUCUAUCUCAUACACAAAACAUAGGAAAUAUGUUAAAAUCACAUUUUAAAAAGAGCCAGUUCAUCAUCGUAUCGUUGAAAGAUGGUAUGUUUAAUAAUGCUAAUGUACUUUUCCGUACAAAGUUUGUUGAUGGCGUUUCCAUGAUAACUAGGACGGUAAAUUAUAAUAAAUAAUCUUGAAAUCUAUUUUAAUUU